AUGACGAACUUCCCAAUCGAGGUCAUACAAAAAAUCGUCACACAUCUUCAAGAUGUUAGAAAUCCAAAUUAUUUAUUUUCUGCGUUAAUGGUUAACAGAGAAUGGUGUAAAGUGUCGGUACCAUUACUAUGGGAAUUAACGCUGGAUUAUUCGCCAGAUAAAUACAAUUCGUAUAAAUGCAUAAGAACUUACUUAUCAAACGCUGAUGAGGAAUCGAGAAUCUUCUUGACUCACCAUGGAAUGGAUUUAUUAUCAUCACCGCCUUGGACGUCCUUUAAUUAUGCGACUUAUUUAAACUCCAUUAAUUAUCAUCAUUUAGCGGUAUUAAUCGAAUCAUACUUGUCAAAAAUAAAUAACAGGAAUUUUGAUGAUUUCAUAUCGGCAAAGGAAAGAUUAUUAUUUCAAGAAUUAUGUAAAUUGUUCAUGAAGAGGAGUCGAUCCAUGAAACGUAUCAUCAUACCUGAUACCAUCAGAUUGGAUGGUAUCAUCGGGGAGAUACCAUACAUCACUCGUUAUGAUGGGGCGAGUAGAUGUCUGAAAGGAUUAAAAGAACUUUAUUGUUAUUGGAAUUUUAGUGAGACUUUUUAUAAAUCUAUCCUCCAAAUUUGUAAAAACAUACAAGUGAUUAAAAUUUAUAUCGAUGCUUAUUAUGAUGUGGAUUCUUUGGCUAGCUUAAUCUCUUUACAGAAUAAUUUAAAACAAUUGAAAAUAGAAGUGCAAGAAAUCAUCGUGGGAAGUAUUAUAUCAAAUGAUUAUUGCACCCCCUUAUUUAAUUCGAUUUUAAAACAAAGUCAUUCUAUACAAAAGUUGGAAUUGGUUAAUUUCUCCUUUCGAUACGCUGAUGGUAAAACUUUAGAAAGGUUAAUCGAUUGUAAAUAUUUAAGAUUCUUAUCAAUUUAUCAAUGUAAAUUCUUGGAAAAUCAACAAUUUCGUUCAAUAGAUAAUUUUCAAAAGUUGGAAGAAUUUUAUUAUUGUCAUAGGGAUGAUGACAUCUUUCCUGAAGAGUUACUCGUAGGGAUAUUUCAAACCGCGAAUACAAGAUUAAGAAAAAUUAAAUUAUCCUAUCACACGGUAAAAGUUAUCUGCGCCAUCACUUACAAUUGUUUGAACGUAGAAAUCUUAAAUUUAUCGACUCUUCCUCUAAGUCAUAAAAUCAUCUUGAAAAUUUUCAACUCUUGCACGAGGUUAAAACAUUUCACUUUUGAAGGUGAGAGGGGUAAUAAUGAGAAUAAUACGUUAAUUCAAAUGAGCAAAUACGUUCCCAUCACUCUGGAGACUUUGGAAAUUAAAAUGUAUUUACAAAAUCCUUGGGUGUUCUCUGCUACUUCGUUGAAGGUCUUCUUGGAGGCUUCAAAAAGUUUAAGGUUAUUAAAAAUCAUUCAUAAAGAACCUCAACAAACGUUGGAUCAACAAUUCUCUAAUCCUUUGACCCCGAGAAAUUCUUCCAUGAAAACUCUAUCCAAAGAUCAUUUUGAUGUCAUUGAAGAACUUGGUAUAGGACUUUACAUGUCAAGUGGGAUAAAGUUUAGCAAAAAAUUAUAUCCAAAUUACGUCCACACCAUAGUGAUCCCUUCCAAAAAAUAA